AAUUUCUAUGAAAAAUAGGCCCAGUUCUCAAUUCUCAAUAGAGGCGAAAGCAAAAUGCCUGUGAGAGUUGUGGAGACUUCUUCUGCACUUUCGCAGCCUUCAGGUGGAACUUCAGGAAAUACUUUGCCUUCAGUCUGUACACUUCUAAGUGUUGGACAGGCAUUUUCUGGGACUCAGAAUGUUUCAAGUCAGCAAAAAGAUGAAGCUUGGAGAGUAAAUGUGCGAAUUCAGGGUUGUGACCUUGAUCAUGGAUAUCUAUGUGGUACAAUGGAAGCUCUUAAUGUCCCUAUGGCAGAUACACCAGUAGUUACUUUCUGGGAAGGAGAAAUUGUUGAUACCAAGAACUAUACUUUCUUCACUGGCAAAUGGGGUGCCACAUCAGAAGAUGACAUAAAGCACUGGACCAAGUUUCCGUCAUUUUCACCCCUUCUGAGCCAAGUGGACGUUGAUGGCGGUAAAUCACUGGACCUGAAUAACUACCCAUACAUAUUCAUGAGAUGGAAAGAACAAUACUUCGUGAAUGUUGGAACAGACUGUGGGUUGACAAUUGCUGGUUUUUACUAUGUUUGCUUCUCCAGUAGUGAUGGCUCCAUCAAUGGCUUCUAUUACGAUCCUAAUAGCAGUCCUUUUCAGAAGUUGGAACUGAAAUCCACAAAUGAGGGAAGAUUGGGUUUCAGUUUUUUCCUCAUAUGAGUUGCAGUGAAUCAUCAACAAGAUCGGUGUAUGGGUUGUCGGUAAAAUAUCAGGCUUUCACUGGCUUCGAUAUGUUAUUUCUGAGUCGUCCAUCUGAUUUGCUUAUUGUCAAAUGGACGCGAUGUUUCCAGUAUACACGUUAGAGCCUUGGCAAUAGAUAGAGGUUCCUACAUGGAACAAAGAUCCUGAUUCAGUUGUCAUUUUUCGCGUAGAUGAAGAUCUAGUAAUGAGUUGAG